AUGAACGAGUUCGAUAACAUAAGCGAACAUGACAGUGCAAACGAAGAGGCUCCUCCGGACGGUGGAUAUGGCUGGAUCUGUGUAGCCGCCUGUUUCACAAUCAACUGCUUCACUUGGGGCACUGUCUCGGCAUACGGCAUCUACCUUUCACACUACUUGGCUGACGACAUCUUCCCGGGUGCAUCCACUUGGGACUAUGCGUUUAUUGGCGGCUUCAACUUUGCAAUAGCUAUGCUUAUAGCACCUAUUGUUACUAUUCUGACUCGGAGAUUUGGGAUACACGUGACAAUGGUUGCUGGCUUGAUCUUCCAAAGCGGCGGCUUCAUUGCAGCCUCUUUCGCCACACAAGUAUGGCAAUUGCAUGCCUGUCAGGGCGUUCUUAUCGGCUGUGGCAUUGGCUUUUUAUACAUUCCCAGCCUUCCCAUCCUUUCGCAGUGGUUCGUUCGAAGGCGCAGCUUAGCCAACGGAAUCAGCGCUGCGGGCUCAGGCGUUGGCGGUGCUGCCUUUGCGUGGGGCACAGAGGCUAUCAUUCAGCGUUUUACCAUCGGUUGGGCUCUACGUAUCACGGGAAUAAUCGCAUUUGCCGCCAAUCUUGCCGCAAUAAUAGCAAUACGGGACCGAAACGAUGUGAUCCGACCUACUCAGCGUGGAUUCGACGCCCAACUCCUCCGUCGAUACGACGUGAUACUGCUGCUUGUUUGGGCUUUCAUCAGCAUGCUAGGAUAUAUAGUCCUUCUAUUCUCCUUGUCCGACUUUGCUCUGUCUAUAGGCCUUACCAGAGCCCAGGCUACGGACGUGAUUGGUUUGUUGAACGUCGGCACAGCAGUCGGACGACCAAUCAUUGGCAUACUCAGCGACAGAUGGAGCCGAAUCGAUACGGCAGGUGUUCUGACUUUGCUGUGUGGUCUUUUGUGCUUUAUAUUCUGGCUUCCGGCUACAUCUUUUGCGCUCACAGUGGUUUUUUCAACCCUCUGUGGGGCUAUCGUUGGAGUCUUUUGGAUGACUAUAGGUCCGCUCUGCGUUGAGGUUGCUGGGAUAAAGAACUUGCAAUCGUUGUUGUCUCUGUCUUGGGCAGCAAUAAUAGUUCCUACUGUUGGUAUGUCUUGA